GUACUCUCCAGAUAAAUGAGAGCAGAGAAGAGCCUUAUAAACCACGAAGGUGUACUGUUUGUAAGCAAUGCACAGCUUUGUGUGUCCAGGAAGAGGACGGCAAUAGAGAAAGAGACACAGAGAAGGAGAAUGAGGAGGGGGUGAUGAGCUGGAUUUUUAUUGGAAGCUCUUAAAACUGGUUGCUAUGAGACCUUCUGCAGCUCCGGCAGGCACGGCGGCAAGCAUGUGAAGCUGCUAAAUCGUACCUCUCCUAGGUACCACUCCAUAUCUCCCCCUCUCCAAUUGCUUUUAUAGUUGUUUCAAAGCAAGUGCCUGCCAGCUCUGCACAGCUCCCCUCAAAGAAGAUGGAGGCCGGAGGUGAAACCCCCAACUCCUCCAGGACCUCUUCGGGGGGCUUGAGGGAGUAUAAGGUGGUGAUGCUGGGAUCAGGCGGAGUGGGCAAAAGUGCAAUGACAAUGCAGUUCAUAAGCCAUCGGUUUCCAGACUAUCAUGAUCCCACCAUAGAAGAUGCUUACAAAACGCAAGUACGGAUAGACAAUGAACCGGCCUAUCUGGACAUCCUAGACACAGCUGGACAAGCAGAAUUCACAGCCAUGAGAGACCAAUAUAUGCGAGGUGGAGAAGGCUUCGUUAUUUGCUAUUCCAUCACAGAUCGUCACUCCUUUCAAGAAGCGGCAGAAUUUAAAGAGCUCAUUUAUCGCGUCCGACACACCUAUGACAUCCCCUUGGUGUUGGUGGGGAACAAAAUUGAUCUCAAGGAGCUGAGGAAGGUCUCCACAGAAGAAGGUAUGAGCUUGGCCAGAGAGUAUGCUUGCCCUUUCUUUGAGACCUCUGCUGCUCUGCAUUUCUACAUCGAUGAUGUUUUUCACAAUCUAGUGAGAGAAAUCCGCAAAAGAGAAAAUUCACUGCUUCUAGCAGAAAUGAAGUUGAAAAACAAGGACAGUCUGUGGCAGAAACUGAAAGCAUCUUUGAAGAAGAAGAAGAAUGAAAGCCCUCCUUGAUGACACUGAAUGCUUACUUAAGUUCUAAAUAGUUGGAUGAGAAUUCUGUAGAGCCCAAUGUUCAUUGAUUUUCAAAAGAAAUACAUGUAAUGGUCUUAUUUUUCAGGGUUCCCAUGACAUAGGGUCAGUCUUCUAAUUCUGAACAAGGUUUGUGCAAGAUGGAGAGAUAUUACCUUCAAAUGUGUUAGUAAAGAGAAGUUUGAGAUGUAUUUAAUGUGUUUAUGGGAUGUAUAUGUUUUUAUCAGGAGGUUGCAUUUGAAUGGCCUGAAAGCCAUUAGUCUUAGGUAGAGUAGACCCAUUGAAUCAGUAGUUGACUUGUUUCUCAGUAAAGACUUUGUGACACAGGACAAUAGCUGUUGGAGUCAAUCCUGUUCACCUUAUGUGUUGUGAAAAACUGUGAAAAGCUAUUUUCUUUGGUCUGUUAUUCAUACUAGCUGUUUCACAUAGAUGUCAUUAUUUGAUGACAAAAUCACAGAGUGAUGGACAACCAUGUAAGAUCUCAUCUAUCAUCUUCAUUCCUUAGGGAGAAAUAUCACUAUUGCAUCCCUUCUAGAUUAUGAAACAUAAGGCAAGAUCACUGUGCUUCAAUGUAAUAUUUCCACUCACCAUGAAACUCUUUACAUGUGCUCUCAAAGGCAAGUCUCAUUGAAAGAGGAUUUAAUUCCAUAUAUAUAGCAUUACAACAUUAAUCAGUUUGAGAGUGCUUCCAGUUGUCCCAGAAUCACAAAAUAUUAGAGUUGGAAAAGACCACAAGGGCCAUCUAAUACAAUUACUAGUUCGAUAGGAAUCCACAACUAAACCAGUCCGAAAAGAUGUCCAUUUAAUGUCUGUUUAAAGACCUCCAGAUAAGGAGAACCCAUCCUUUCAGCAAGUCCACUCUGUUGUCAAACAAUCAUUCUCACUGAGACUUCCCAAGAAGAUAACAUUUAUUCCUAUAUAUUGCUGUAAAUCAUAAAUUUUAUUAUUGCAAGUAAGAAUGCAUUUUUCUAAGUGUCCUUUUAUUGCAAAAUAGUAAACUGUGCAGUUUUUGAGGAUGUUGUUGUUGUUGCUGUUGUUGUUGCUAUUGCUGUUGUUGUGUGCCUUCAAAUUGUUUCCGACUUGGGGUUUCCUUGAGGCAAACCUAUCAGGAGAGGCUUUUUGCAAGAUUUGUUCAAAGGAGGUUUAGUGAUGUCUCCUUCUAGGGGUGAGAGAAUGUGACUUGCCUGAAGUCACUCAGUGUAUUUCCAAGGUUGAGCAGGAAUUUGAACCAUGGUCUCCUAGCUCAUAGCUUGAUGCUCAAACUCCUACACCACACCAGCUCUACUUAGAAGUGUUCUUUCCCGUGCACAAAAUAAUGUGUUCUGCACAGGAAAUUUGCUUUCUGCUCAUAAAAUGCCUCUUUCAAAGAAUAAUAUAUUAUUUUUGUAAAUAAUAUGUCCUGCACUUCGAAGAUUCUGAGCCAUCUAUUAUUCUCUCAAUCUGACUCUCCCAAUACUUAAGUAGCACAUUUUUAUCUGUCACUUUGAUAGUUUUGAAUAUUCUGCCCAUCUCUACACCUGUGAAGUGUUUUUAUACUGUCCAACAUGCAAUACAUCAUAACAGCAACAUAUAUUUAUCUGUUAUUCAUUAGUCCUUCCCAGACUUCACCAAGAAAAAACCUCAAACACAGAUUGCUGAAAUCUCCCACCUUCUGCUGUAAUAUAUCUCCCUCUAUUUCUGUACUGAUUUUAAAGUAAAGAAAGAGUUCAUCUGUCUUUUUCUUCUGGUCAAGGAUGUGCCAAAAAUCAUUUUUAUGUGUUGUUCUUGUACCCUACAUCAUGACACUAUUUGCGAUAAAACCCAGCCCAGUGAAUUUCUUUUUAAGGUUAGAAAUCUUUCUGUUCUGGAUAUUUAUGUUCGGAAAUUUCAUCACAGACUUCAGAAAUACACAAAGGCCAAGGAUUAAGCAUGUUCCUGUUUGUGUUUCAAUUUGGGAAGUAUAAAUUUCAUUUAGUUUGCAAUUCUCAAUCUUAUCUAGACCUAUACUUUAAAGUCCCAAGAGCAGUGGCUGGGAAAUGGCGAUUUGGAGUCAUAGAAACAUAGAGGUGGAAAGGAACACAAGGACCAUCCAGUCUAACCCUGUUCUGUCAUACAGAAAUGCACAAUCAAAGACUUACAAAAAGCACAUUUUUGUUAAGUGUGCCUUCAUCAACUUGACUUUAGUUUGUGGUGACAUUGUCAAAAGAUUUUAUUGACCUGAUUUCUUCAGAGAAGAUUGACAUUGCCUUCCACUGAGAUUAAGUGUUCAAGAUUACCCAGUGGGUUUCCAUGAAUGAGCAGAAAUGCACCACUUUGACUCUUGGGCUUUUCUUGGCAAGAUUUUUCAGAGGAAAUUUGCCAUUGCCUACCUCUGAAGCUGUGUGGGUUUCCAUGUCUGAGUAUGGGUUUGAAUCCUGGUCACUUGGGAUGCUAAUCUGACAUCAUAACACUAUACCACUGUCUCUCUUAACUACUACAACAACAACAAAUAACUUAUUUAUUUAUUUAUUUAUUUAUUUACAGUAUUUAUAUUCCGCCCUUCUCACCCCGAAGGGGACUCAGGGCGGAUCACAUUAUAACACACAUAGGGCAAACAUUCAAUGCCCAUAAACACAUCAAACAGAGACUGAGAGACAUACGCAGAGGCAAGUUGACGUUCUUCUGAGGGGAUGUUCGAUUCUGGCCACAGGGGGGAGCAGCUGCUUCAUCAUCCACACUGACGGCACUUCCUCAUUCCAGGUUGUAAAUUAGUUAAUCUUGCCUCCCCACUUUAUAAGUGGUACCUUAUCUCCUACUUGAUAGAUGCAACUAUCUUUCGGGUUGCUAGGUCAGCAACGAGCAGGGGCUAUUUUUUAUUUUUAAUUGAUGGGUGCUCACCCCGCCACGGGCUGGCCUUGAACUCAUGACCUCAUGGUCAGAGUGAUUUAAGGCAGCUGCUCAACAGCUGCGCCACAGCCCGGCGCAAAAUACAAAACAACAACAGCAUCCAAACAGUGACUUACCAAGGAUGGGUGUCAAUUAUGUAAACCCAUCUUUGAUUAAUAGAAGUCAUGGAAGAAGUGAAGGGACAAAAAGUUGUUUUAAUGUUAUUGCGAAAAUAGUUUUCACUCUUCACUGCCUUUGUUCUCAGUUUUCAUCAGGUACCACCAUGCUCUCUAAGAAGAGAAGACCUAUUUGCUUCACCUCACUGUCACAAAAGAACUGGAGCAAAAAAGCCAUAGCCAGUAGAGCCAAUAGAGUGACAUGUUGAUUCAUUGUGGUGUGGUUGGUAAACCUUCAGCUUCCCCAACAAGUUUUCUGAAUAGUACAGGGACCUCCUUUGAGAAACGGUCCAGCAUCUGGUUAGCUCCUGUAUAAUUCACAACAACUGCAAAAGGUGCAGCCAUAAAAUCUGUUGGUGAUUAACUAUGGAAUCACUAGACCAGACACAAAGACUGGUUUAAAUAAGGAUCAUUUUAUUCAAACUAAAUCCUAUUUAUGUUUUUGGUACUAAAAGAAAUAAGAAAUGGGGAGCAACUUGAUGCAGGUUCAGAUGAGGCCAGGCAUGUACUAAGAAUGUGCAAAAUUUUCAGAAGUUUUGUAAGUCACAAAAAAUUAGUUAAAUUUGUACAUCUGAAAUAAUAUGUGACACAUGGUCAUGGUCCAUGCCAAAACUUUAGAAUCAAAACUUUCCCGAACAUUUUUAUUUGUAUUUUGUAAAUCACUCCCAAAGUCACCUUUAUUUUCAUGGCAAGCAAGUGAAGCAAAGCCAAGAAGGACCCAAUUUCUUUGUAAAUGAAUGGCCUCUCACCAUUAGGAGAGGGAAAGGAGGGAGAAAGCAGAGUUCCCUGGGAAGAAACACAGAAUUCUGGGAAAUGUAGUUUGGGAAGGUGAGGAGCCCUAUGCCAGAGAAUUCUACAUUUCCUAAACUACAUUUCCAAGACUGCAUCAGCAUCAGAAAGCCCCAAUCAGGAUAGGAGAGAGAGAGAGAUUUGCCACUCUGUAGCCAUUCAGAGUUCUAAUAAACUGGUUAACAUUCUACACUAUGAUUUUUGUUCCUGAGUUAUAAAUGUCAUUUCCUAAUUGGUUCUAUCAUAAAAACAUGGGGAAAAGUUUAUUAAACUGCAAAAACUGUGUCUUUGCGGGAGGGACAUUGUGCUAUCGUGCAAUAGUUUUUCAUUGAAUAUCUCAUAAUCGAAAUUCAACCAAUUCAACAAUUCAACAAAAUCUUUGGAGUGGAACAACUACUUUCAAAGUAAGGACUACACCAUUAAACAGGAAAUAACACUUUCAAACUAGGAACAUGUUUUCUUUAUUAUUUAAAAAAUGUUGUUUAUAAAAAACUGAAAAUUUCUCAAAAAUCAAUCAACAAGUAAAAUAUUCUGUAAUUUGGUGGGCUAACAGUGGUAAUUGUGUUGUCGCAAGUUUCAUCCCCAAUAGCUGUGAAAAUGAGGGAGAAAAGAGCCCCUGAAAUUUCACCAAUUAUAAUAAUUAUGCACGGUUACUAUAAUGAAAAAGUAAUGAAAUUUCAUUAUUCUUGUUAUAGUAAAGAAUUUUUACUUAAUGACACUUUAGAAACACUUUAGAAAUCAAGUGCCCACACUCCCUCCACCUUGUAAUGAUUUUUGAAACUUUUUAAAAAUAGAUUAAUACAGCUAGCUUCUAUCCCAAGAUAACAGGCACCCCCAACCUUUUCUUCAGCAAAGCGUAUGAACCCAGAGGUCAAUCCAAUAUUUGGGAUAUUUCCUGCUCAGGCAUUUACUAGAAGAUAAACCUAAGGCACUUCCACCCAAGUUAUGAGACUUUAGAAGUGAAAACAAAAUCUCUAGGUCUGCCUCAAGGAUAGGCAGCUUCCCAACCAACUAAGUUCUAGGACUUGUGGACACUGUUCCAAAGCCAUACCCUACACCAAAAGGUUGCCAAGGUAAACACUGUAACACUUCUCUCUUUACUUACCACUUACCUUUUGUUUACAAGUACCACCCUAGACCACAUUCUUCAGAUAUGGUAUGUGGCAAGCAAAAAAAAAAUCAGGAAAAGGGGAGAAAAUUCCUAUUCUGUCCCUAAGCAACCAGAUAAACUCACAGUGCAGUGAAGGAGGGAGAGUAGUUAUAAGUCAUUUGAGUAAGCAUUUGGCACUUAAAUAUCCCUUAAACCCCAUGUCCAUCAUAUGCAGAAUUCCGGCACUGAAUUAUCUCUCAGAAAGCCAUUGAUCAUGGUAAUCAAAAAAGUACCUUGUUAUCCCAAUAGCAUCAUUUCACAGUGUGGUCCAGAUCUGCAGACCAGAUAUAUGACCUCAACAGUACCAUGUCUCUCACCCACACAUGUUUGCUGGAAUAGAAAUAUGGUAAUAUUAGAACAAGGGAACACUUAUCAAAGGUAGGAAGCUAUGCCCCUGUGACUCAGGGAUGGUCUACACCAGCCCUAUAAUCAAAGAGGACCAGAAGUCAAACAACAUACAGGGACUUCUAGUCCUUAACAUAAGGACUCCUAUCCUUCCGUAGGAAGGUUAAAACUUGGUUGUAGGUCCAGGCUUUCAAAUAACAACUAGCAGCACUAAUUAUUAUUAUGUACGGCAGACCUUAAGCGACAGACCCAGUCUUUUGAACUUGAACACACCCAUCUGUAUUUUAGAAUGUGUUUAUGAAUGUUGAUGUACGCUAAUAAUUUUUUAUCUGAUUUAUAAUGUACUGUACAGUUUUUAUAUGUGUGUUUUAUUGUAAGCCGCCCUGGGUCCCCUGUUGGGUGAGAAGGGUGGGAUAUAAAUGUUGUAAUAAAUAAAUAAAUAAAAAUAAGGUAAACUGAGCUGAGCUAAUUUACCCACAUGUUAAGCUAAGUCAGAGAAUGUUCUGGAUUUUCAUCAAAACUCUGGAACAGCCUCACACUUUGGGUUGAGUGUUUACAGCAGAACCACUUUAAAGCGAGCUAUUUUGCUGUCCACAAGGACUCAGCAAUGCAGGGAAAGAUGGAUGGAUUAGACCAUGUUGCUCCUGUUGCUGUGGCAACUUGCCAGAGAGCUCCAGGUCAUCACUGGACACUUUUACUUACAUCAGCAAAGGCAUCCAUGCAAACAGGAACAGUUUUGGCCUGAUUGGACCAUCUGGACUCUGUCCCUGCCACUGCCGCAGGUUUGGGAUAGAGCAUCGCAUCUCUGAAUAGCUCGCAUCUCUGAAUAGCUCCCCCAGUCCUGAGAAUUUCUGGUCUGGAUUAGCUCUGGGAUUUUAAGUAGGUGUAUAUGUAUGCUCAGUUCUACUGAAAUAGUUGUGGUUGAUCUACUUUGGCCAUACUGCUGCCAUAAAUCAUCACAUGCUUAUUCCAUUGCUUAGAACUUGGAGGUAUUUCCUCCCCCAUCUGCACAAUGUGAUUUUUGAAUUGCAGUAAUCCAACACUUAAAUAAUCUAUCAUUCUGGCUAAUUGAUCUAAACAAACAAAAAUUAUAGUGAAAGUUACUUUUGUCAAAUCAUAAGUGAAAUGGGAUAUCUGCUCCUGACAGUUAUUUUUCCGAUGAACCAAUAUGCUUCUAACGAAGGAUAUGAAGAAGGCUGUAUAAAGCUGGUAGAGUCUGCAUAGCACACUAAGCAAGCAGUAUCUCUCUCUCUCUUUCCUCCCCUCCCCCCUUCUUGGUUUCAGUGUCUUUCCCUCUGUUCAGUAAUCAAAUCUCAAGGAGGAAAUGCAUUGUUCUAUUACCGCUCUGGUCCUACAAAAAUGACAACUAUAACUCCGUUUCCUGUCAAUCACUCCGAGAUCUGUAUACCUUGCAGCAUCAUUUAGUGCUCUUUUAAGAGAUAAUGGAUGGGCAUAUGCAUGCACACACCAUCAGCCAUAUAUUACUUUCGGAAUGGAAGCAUGGUAUCUUGUGCAAAUGUAUAAUAUAUGAGGCCAGGUUACCCUUCUUCCUAGACUUUGCAGAUUUGAUUAUUAUCUCACUAUGAAAUCAUUAUCUUGGAGGUCAGUCAUAAAACAGGGUAGGGUGCAUGCCCAAUUAAGGCAUUCCUUUAAAUCCAGCCAAGAUAUUUAUAGUCUUCCAUUAUCAUAGUGUCGAGAUGUUUCAAAAGCUUGUUAAUUUCAUUCUCUGGAACUAAAGAAGUGUUCAAAAACAUGUCUUGAGAUUGUUCACUUGUUCUUACAUUUACUAGCAAAAUUCCCCCUUUGGGAUAUGUACAGUGAGCGAGGAAAUGGGAUUUGUGUAAUUACAUAGGAGAAGAGAGAAGUUAAAUACAAAUAACCUCACAUUCACUGGGUUAGUACACAGGAAACACAAUAUGUGUGUGUGUGUUAUAUGAAUACCGAAAGCAAUUUAGAGAUAAAUAAAUAACUCUGUUGGCAUUUUAAAAAAUUAAGGGAUGAGGAAUUUAACUGUACACUGAUAUGUUUAAGCAUGAAUUUUUGUGGAUCAGAUGCUCUGAUAUUGUCAUAUUUUUAAAGUAUAGUCAUGCACCCAGUGGCAUAGCAGGUUAAAGCGCUGAGAUGCUGAAAUUGAGGACCGAAAGGUCACAGGUUCGAAUCCAGAGAGUGCAGUGAGUGCCUGCUGUUAGCCCCAGCUUCUGUCAAACUAGCAGUUCGAAAACAUGCAAAUGUGAGUAGAUCAAUAGGUACUGCUCCGGUGGGAAGGUAACUACGCUCCAUGCAGUCAUGCCGGCCACAUGACCUUGGAGGUGUCUGUGGACAAUGCUGGCUCUUCGGCUUAGAAAUGGAGAUGAGCACCAACCCCCAGAGUCGGACAUGACUGGACUUAAUAUCAGGGGAAACCCUUUACCUUUUACCUAGUCACACACAGGAUUUUUCCUGUAUUUAAGUAUCCUGAAGUGUUCCAUGGGAUUAUUCUGCAGAGAAAAGAGCAUGCUUCUUACAUAAAAACUGUUUUCUGUGCCAAAAAUAAUGUUUCUUGUGCAAAAUCUUUAUUUUAUUUUAAUUUUUCAAAAAAAAAGAUGUCUUUCUUCUCAGCCGGUAACUCCAGAUUUCUUCAGGACAUUGGAAUACUGGCAGAAAACUAUGCAAAAGCUUUGAUAUUCUGUUAUUCUUAUCUACUUACCAAUAUUUGGACUGGGAAACCAAUAAGUGAAAAUAUCCUUUCCAUCUCCAGUCUUGUCAUUUCUUUGACUGGUGGUGAUCAGAAACAACCUCCACCCAAUGAGUUCAGGAAUAAUGAGCUUUUCCCAGCCCUAGAAACACUGCAGCUUUGAAUUUUAAAAGGCUUGGCUUUUGUAAAUAACCUUGGAAUGUUCCCUGAAAAUUCACCGAAACAAAGGCUCAUUCCAAAUGGACAAAGAGAGAGUUCACUCAUCGCCGUUUGUAAGCUAAUUUCCUUGCACUUUGGAGCACGGCUCAGUGCCCCUGCAAGCUGAUGUGUUUGACAACAGCUGCUAUUAUUCCUAUGAACUGAGGGUUUUCCCCCUUAUUAUUUUGCAGUAUAAUUGUGUGACAUUUUAUUUGAAGUUCUUUAUAUUGUGCCUUGCAAAGCUUUGGCAGUGGUAUGAAAUAAAAAUGCCAAAAGAAAAAAAAACACACACAACAAAAACAAAUAGCAUGAAAGAAAACUGGACCAAAGGUUUUGUGUUUUCCUUGAAUGUAUUGCUAGAUGCAAAAAGUAAUUGGAUUUCUUUUGGAAAUAGCUGACAUUCACACUAAGUGAGACUAGGAUGUCAAUUCCCCUUUUGUUUUUACAAAGACAAAGUUAAACACCUGAAACAAAUUAAACAAAUUGAGGUGAACGUCAUGAAUUUCAGAUCGUAUUAAUGCAAAUCCAAUUAGAGCAAAUGAAAUGAUUAUCAAAUUAAACUCUUUCCAUUCAGAAGGGAAGUUCAGCAUGUGGGUGAAGUUGACAUAAGAGAGCCUGAUUUAUUAAAUGACUGUUGGAUGAUUUCCCAAGAUGAUUUUCAUAAAAUGGUAGACUCGGAUUUGGCCUAAUUUUUGCUCAUGCACAAAUGCCCUUGGGGGUCAUCCAUGAAGUUCUCCAAGGAGAAAUCUGAAAGAUACUGCCUUCCUACAUCAAAGAGAUGGACUGUCACUUUACACUGAGCAGAGUUACAUGACAGUAGUGCAACACCAUAUCAGUAGAGAAUUGUGGCAUUGUGCACUUGCAGAUUGUGGCCCACCUCAUCUGGAACCCUGUAUCCAGCUCUGGGUACCAAAGUUCAAGAGGGAUAUUGACAAGCUGGAACAUCUCCAGAGAAGGACAACCAUAAUGAUCAGAGUUUUAGAAGUCAAACCCUAUGAGGAAUGCCUUAAGGAGCUGCAUAUGUUUAGUUUGGAGAAAAGAAGACUGAAAGGGGACAUGAGAGUCAUUUUGAAACAUUUGAAAGGAUGUCAUAUUGAAGAGGGGGCAAGUUUGUUUUUUGCUUUUCUGGAGUCUGGGACAUGGAACAAUGGAUUCUAAUUACAGAAAAAAGAUUACUCCUAAACAUUAGGAAGAACUUCCUGAUGAUAAAAGCUGUCCAGCAGUGCAAUAUGCUGCCUUUAAGUAUAACAAAAACUCUUUCUCUGAAGAUUUUUCAUCAGAGGUUGGAUGGCCAUGUGUUGGGCUGCUUCGAUUCUGUGUUCUUACAUGGCAGAAUGCGAUGGAACUGGAUGGCUCUUGGAGUCUCUUCCAUCUCUAUGAGCAUGCACAAUAUGGAUCAAUACACAUAUGGAUGCCACUUGGGAAAGUGGUUCUUUUACUAUGAACCUGCAAGAACCUUGUGAACUGCCGGGGAGGCCCUCCUCUCACUCCCGCCACCGUCUCAAACACGGCUGGUGGGCACUAGGGAAAGGGCCUUCUGUUCGGCGACCCCCUGGCUCUGGAAUUCCCUUCCGAGGGAAAUUAGAUCAACCCCAACUCUGAAAACAUUCCGAAAAGGAUUGUCCAAAGUCCAGAAACCAAAACACGCUCAAAACUGUUGGAAAGUUCUUGAGCGGGGAAAACAACAAGGAAGCAAGACUGAGUAACAAGGUCCAAAGUCACUAGAAAGUCUUUGAUAUCAGGGUAGGAACGAGAUGAAGCUAAAACCAAUCUUGAUUCAGGAACAAGGCAAGGAAGUGGAUUUACUCCGGUUCUAAUCAGGAGUCACAGCUCGGCUUGGCCGCAAGGAACAGGAAACUUGGCUUGGUAGAAUCAGGAACUAGAGUCAGUGAACUGUUCUCAGGAAAUCACUACGUUGACACCGCAAAGUGUUCACAGUGUAGGGCACUUUUAUGGAACUUAGAUCUGAUCACAGCGAAGGGAAGCCAAACUCCCCAGAAGUUUUCAAGGGAAUCUUCUAUCCAUUAUCCCCUCGAGAUGCCAAACAUCGACUCCUUCGGAGCCCUUGUUUUUCUGAUCUCUGGCAAUGCAGAAACUCCCUUCUGUUAAAGGAUACAUUCCCUGGGGAACUCGGAAAAUCUGGUUCAGCCAUGGGAGUAAUAUUUUCCCAAUUAAAGAAGCAUCCGAGGUAUCAAUAGCUGGGGGCUGUAAUUGGAAAGAGCUCUGCAAACUAGGCAAAAAGACAGAAUAAGCUUCAUCCUGGUCAAAGUUCAUUCUGAAUCAGGUUCAGAAACCAAAGGUGGCUGGGGUAUGACACUAUUGUACUUAUUGGCCCAGCUCCAGAAAUUGAAUGACUGCACACAUUUAUAUUUUAUCUCAUUACAGUCCUUUUUAUUGCUCAUCAUGCUUUAUUGGUUAUAUGUUUGUUUUACAUGCUUGUUGUACGUGUUCUUGUUUUAAACCUAUUGAUUCUGUAUUUUAUUAUGUAUUUUUUGUAUUUUAUGAUGUACUAUAGUGCUAUAUUGCACUUUGUCCAUUUUAACUGAGAAAUUACCUUCCCCAUUUCGGCCCAUUUCGGCACAUGUUGCACGUUGCCUGGGUUCUAUGAAUUAGUCUCCAGUGUUAAUAUUGUAUGUUUUAUGUUGAUUUUAACUAUUGUUUUUACUGUAAUUGAUGUUUUUAUUGGAUAACUGUUUUAUUGCUGUGUUUUGAUAUUUGAUUGUUUUAUCGGGCAAGGCCCCAUGUAAGCCGCCCCGAGUCCCUUCGGGGAGAUGGGGCGGAGUAUAAAAAUAAAGUUAUUAUUAUUAUUAUUAUUAUUAUUAUUAUUAUUAUUAUUAUUAUUAUUAUUAUUUAUUACUGGGCUUUGUCCCCAUGUAAGCCACCCUGAGUCCCUCCGGGGAGAUGGGGUGGGAUACAAAAAUAAAGUUGUUGUUGUUGUUGUUGU